AUGACAUCGUCUGCUUCUUCUCCACAGGAUCUGGAAAAGGGUGUGAACACCAUCGAAAAUAUUGAAACGCUGCCCCAGCAGGGCUCUAUCGCCGGCGUUUCACAGGGCUUCCCUAACAUCCAAGAGAUAUAUUCUGACAGGGACUUCAUCACUCUGGGGUCCUCCACGUAUAGACGCAGAGAUUUGCUUAAUGCACUAGAUAGGGGCGAUGUGGAUGAAGAUAACUGCGCAAAGCGUGUCCCCCAUCAAUUUGCCAACCCCGUUCCUCUGGGACUCGCAUCGUUUUCCCUGUCAUGUCUAGUUUUGUCGCUGAUCAAUGCGAACGUUCGCGGUGUCACCGAUGGGAAAUGGGCGCUAAGUUUGUUUAUGUUUUUUGGUGGGGCCAUUGAGUUGUUUGCUGGGUUGUUAUGUUUUGUGAUCGGGGACACAUACGCCAUGACGGUUUUCAGUUCCUUCGGCGGGUUCUGGAUCUGUUACGGUUAUGGGCUAACUGAUACGGACAAUUUGGUUAGUGGAUACACGGAUCCCACGAUGUUGAACAAUGUGAUUGGGUUUUUCCUUGCUGGGUGGACUGUGUUCACCUUCUUGAUGUUGAUGUGCACAUUGAAGAGCACGUGGGGCUUGUUUUUACUAUUAAUGUUUCUAGACAUGACCUUUCUGCUGCUGUGUAUAGGUACCUUCAUUGAUAACAACAACCUCAAAAUGGCCGGUGGAUAUUUCGGCAUUUUGAGUAGUUGCUGCGGUUGGUAUUCGUUAUACUGUUCUGUGGUAAGCCCAUCAAACUCCUACUUAGCCUUCAAAGCGCACACGAUGCCCAAUGCUCCCUAA